AUCAGUCAAUAUGUCAAUAUUUUGCAUAAUUUCUCUAAUGGUACUUUUUCAAUUGGUCAUUCCUUUUAUAACGAAUUAUGAUCAUGAACAUCUUAAUGUAAUUUCAACAAUCGAAUAUAUUACACGAACUUUUACACACCAACGACAAAGAACUUUAACUUUUUCGGCAAAUGCCGAAAAUAAAACUGCCCUAUCGAUUUUCGGUGAUAUGGUUGAUAGGGUUUUGAAACGCAUCGAUUUCGCAAAAGUACAAAUCGAUCAGAACAAUUGUGAAAUGAUUGGACUCAGAGAAUUCAAUAUUCUGCUUGUGGAUAGUUUUAAAGCAUUUGAACAUAUCGAUCCAGCGAACAAAACUAAGAGCUACGACUUCAAUGAGUAUUACCUUAUUUUUCUGAAGGCCGAAAACUCAAAACAGGAACUACUUAAAAUUUUAGACUACUGUUGGAAACACUACAUCAUCAAUGUCAUCGUAAUUGUCGAACAAUCAUCCGAGGUCCUCAACUUUUAUACCUACUUUCCAUUUUCUAAACUGAAGUGCAGAAAUACUGAACCUGUUUUAAUUAAUCAAUUCAAAAAUGGUGUCCCAACAAAUGUUUAUGGAACAAAUCAUAUUUUUCCAAAUAAGUUAGAAAAUCUUCAGGGCUGCUUAUUGAUAGCUGCCUUAUGGAAUGUUCCGCCAUAUUUGAGAAUCGUACCUAAUCGAACCGGAUUAGAUCAGUUUGUUGGAAUUGAGGGUAAUAUGUUAAAAGCUAUUGCCAAAACGCUGAACUUUUCCUUAGGCUACAUAACUCCGCCUAAUGAUGAGGAGCGUGGAAUAAUAUUUCCAAAUGGUACCACAAGUGGGGCUACAAAAUUGAUCGAAGAAAGGAAGGCUGAUUUGAGUUUUGGCUGUUUCAGAUACUCAAUGGCAAGAGCCAAAGUAAUGUCUGCUGCUUCUCCUUAUUAUCAAACUUGGGUGGUUUCCGUAGUCCUCAAAAGCCCUUUCAAAUAUACACCGAUAGAAAUACUAGUAUUCCCUUUUACCUCAUCAACUUGGAUAAGCUUGUUAGCUUUUUUUGGAGUUAUAAUAUCCUUCAGGCUCUUAGCUAUCUAUUACCACAAAGUUCUUGGGCCAUUGCUUGUGAAAAUCACAGUAAGUCAGCUAGUUUCCAACUUUCUCGGAGGGCCAAUGGCUAACUUACCCAAAGGAAAUUUUAUUCGAUGCAUGUUGAUGUUAUGGGUAAUUUUUGCCUUUAUUAUUCGAUCUGCCUAUCAAAGCUUACUAUUCACACUUCUUCAACAUAGUUUGUACAAAAAGCCACCGAAAACCCUCAAAGAACUUGUUGAUCUUGAUUAUACCUUUGUUUUAAACAAAUCCACAUUUUAUUUCGUUAAAGAUAUGCUAGAAAUUGAACAAGCCCAAUAUAUUUUCCCCGAAAGCCCAUUAACAUUUAUCGAACAUAAUUCUGGGAAAUUUGCUGCAAUAAUGCCACAAGAUUUUGUAAGAUAUUUUGUAAUGACAUAUUCGAAAAGGGAAACAUUUCAUAUUUUGAGUGAUAAGGUUGUUGCUCUUUACAAUACAAUGUAUUUUUCAAAACACUCCUAUUUGAUUGACCGAUUUCGUGGAAUUCUAAAAUAUGUGGGGAGUUCGGGUCUAAUUAAUGUGUGGUAUUCACAAAAUAUGCAUACAUCUUAUUUCGAUGCAGUAAAGUACGAUAAGGAAGCCUUGAAAUUGAAUAACCUAAAAGGGGCUUUUGAUGUUUAUUUGGUGUUGUUGUUAGUGGCUUUUGUGGUAUUUUUGGUAGAGUUACUUUCAAAAAGAGUUAUGUGGUUGAAAAAAUUGUUUAAAUAA